AUGAGGACCCUGGACUCCAUCGACAAGAAGCUAACCAGCCUGGAUGCUCGUCUUGCCCUGGUGGAGGUUCUCCACAAGGAGUUUAAAGCUCUGAGGGGGUAUCUGGACUACAGCCAGGAACAACAAGCAUCGCUCACAGUUGGUGGCGGUAAUGCACAUCUACAGGUAUUUGCCAACCUACAUAAAAUCCUACAAGAAGAAGGAUUUCCGGUUCCGCUAGCCCCGCCCCCUCUUCCCAAACACGUGGAUCUCUUCCGGGUUCUUCAUCCUUUGUUCCCUGUUCGUCAGCAGCCCAGAAGCGGGAGUGUUGAUAAAGCUGUAAGAGAGCUGCAGCAGCAGCAGUUGAUGAACUCUGGAAAGAAGUCCAGCAGCUUGAGGAACAUCUGGUCAAAGAAACUGGAGGGAAGCAGGAGCUCAAACAGCGGCAGGACGCAGCAGAGGAAGAGACACCAGAUGAUGGAUGAUGUUUUCCAGCCCAGAUUAGUGCUGCCAGCAGAUGUUAAAGAAGAGGCUCCUGAAGAACAGAGUCCUGAUGUGGAUCAGCAGGAGCCAGAGUCCCUCCAGAUAAAGGAGGAACAGGAGGAACUCUGGACCAGUCAGGAAGGAGAGCAGCUCACUGUGAAGGAGGAGACUGAUACCAGGUUUCCAUUAACUGCAGCUCCUAUCAAGAAUGUUAAAGAAGAUGCUCCUGAAGAACAGAGUCCUGAUAUGGACCAGCAGGAGCUGGAGCUCCUCCACAUAAAGGAGGAAAGUGAAAGAAUCUGGACCAGCCAGGAUGGAGAACAACUGAAUGUGAAGAAGGAGACUGAUGAUACCAUGUUUCCAUUAACUGAUGUCCAAAUGAAGAGUGAAGAGGAUGAAGAGAAACCUCUGUUCUCUCAGUUUCAUCAACACCAAACAGAAGACAGAGAUCUUCCAAGCAGCAGCUCAGCUGAUCAGAUAAAAUCAGAAAUUAAAGAAGAGGAUUUUGGAACAGCAGAAUCCAGCAGGAACCCAGAUCGAAAUAGUCAUGGAGGCUCUUCCAACUAUUCAGAGACUAAAGACAGUGAUGAUGAUGAUGUGAAGCAUCAUAAAUCUGAGCUUAAACGCUUGUCAGACUCUGAAACUGAAGACAGUGAGGAGGAUUGGAAGGAGAGCAGGGCUCCAGGGUCAGACAGAAACACUGUCAACAAAUCUUUGAGCUGCUCUGAGUGUGGAGAAAAUUUUGCUAACAGACGCUCUCUUCAGAGUCACAUGAUAUGUAAUCCAAGAUUAACGUCUUCAGAUUGUUCCGGUAAUGAGACGUGUUUCAGAGAGAAGAAAACUAUAGAUUCACUGACAAAAGUCCAGAAAGGUAGUAAAAAGUUUAACUGUGGUGAGUGUGGUAAAGGUUUUAACUGGAAACAUGAUUUAAAACGACACACAAAAAUCCACACUGGGGAGAAAUCCUUUAUUUGUGAUGAAUGUGGAAAAAGAUUUUCCUACAAGUCAGAUUUAAACAUACACACGAGAAUCCACACAGGAGAUAAACCUUUUCAUUGUGAUGCAUGUGGAAAUUGUUUUUGCUACAAGUCACAAUUAAACACGCACAUGAGAAUCCACACAGGAGAUAUACCUUUUAGUUGUGAUGCAUGUGGAAAAAGAUUUGUCUCCAAGUCACAAUUAAACACGCACAUGAGAAUCCACACAGGAGAUAAACCUUUUGGUUGUGAAGUAUGUGGAAAAAGAUUUGUCUCCAAAUCACAAUUAAACACGCACAUGAGAACCCACACAGGAGAUAAACCUUUUAGUUGUGAUGCAUGUGGAAAAACAUUUCGCUACAAUUCACACUUAAACACGCACAUGAGAGAUCACAAAGGAGACAAACCUUUUAGUUGUGAUGCAUGUGGAAAAAGAUUUGUCGCCAAGUCACAAUUAAACACACACAUGAGAAUUCACACAGGAGAUAAACCUUUUUGUUGUGAUGUAUGUGGAAAAAGAUUUGCCUUCAAGUCAAAUUUAAACACACACAUGAGAAUUCACACAGGAGAUAAACCUUUUGGUUGUGAUGCAUGCGGAAAAAGAUUUGUCUCCAAGUCAGAUUUAAACACACACAUGAGAAUUCACACAGGAGAUAAACCUUUUGGUUGUGAUGCAUGCGGAAAAAGAUAUGUCUCCAAGUCAGAUUUAAACAUACACAUGAGAAUUCACACAGGAGAUAAACCGUUUAGUUGUGAUGCAUGUGGGAAAAGAUUUGUCUCCAAGUCACAAUUAAAUGCACACAUGAGAAUCCACACAGGAGAUAAACCGUUUGGUUGUGAUGCAUGUGGAAAAAGAUUUGUCUCCAAGUCAGAUUUAAAUAUACACAUGAGAAUUCACACAGGAGAUAAACCAUUUGGUUGUGAUGCAUGUGGAAAAAGAUUUGUCUCCAAGUCACAAUUAAACGCACACAUAAGAAUCCACACAGGAGAUAAACCAUUUGGUUGUGAUGCAUGUGGAAAAAGAUUUGUCUCCAAGUCAAAAUUCAACAUACACAUGCGAAUCCACACAGGGGACAAACCCUUUGCCUGUGAUGCAUGUGGAAAAAGUUUUGCUUCAAAAUCAUAUUUAUACAAACACAUGUCAAAUCCACACAGAAGCGAAAAAAACCAUUGAGAUGUGAAAUCCUAACCAACACACUAGAAUUUACAUAAAAGAUAAACCCUUUGCUGGUUAUGAUUGUGGAAAAGAUAUAAGCAUAAUUUAAGACACUCUUUACACCAUAUUGCAUAGGUCCCAGGAAACAAUGUUUUUCCACGUCUGUUAUCAGUUUAGCUAGCCAAUAGUGGCAGAUUCAUGGAAGUCCCAGUUGCUUGGGUUGAAAAGCAGCAGCUCGCUUGUUUAGUUUGCCUGCAGUGUAUAUUCACCAGGUAGUAGAUAGUGGGGAAAAAGUGCUUGCCUUCCUCCUUUCUUUUUUUUUGCAUGUUCGUCCUACUUAAUUGUUUCAGAUUAUCAAACAAAUUUAAAUGUUAGUCAAAGACAUUACAAGUAAACAAAAAUAGCAUUUUUAAAUGGUUUUCAUUGUUAACGGAGAGACCAAAUACAUACCUACAUGGCCCUGUGUAAAAAGGUGAUCACCUAAACUUAAUAACUGGUUGGGCUAACCCUUAACAGCAACAACUGCAAUAAAAAGUUUGCUAUAACAUGCAAUGAGUCUUUUACAGCCAUAUGGAGGAAUUUUGGUCCACUAAUCUCUGCAGAAUUGUUGUAAAUCUGCCAAUUGGAGGGUUUUCGAGCAUGAACGACAUUUUUCUCAGUUUAUAAUACAGUUUUAAAGUGAAAAUGUAUGCUUCAAACAUGGAUUUUAAUCCAACCAGGAGCUGUCUUGCCUUUUCUUUGCCUUGAAGCAACAAAACACUGAACUCCACUUUGUCAAACGUCCUUAGAAACUGUUAAAAUUGCACCUCUACAUGGAGUUUGUAUUAAGUCUGUAAAAGUCACAAAUUGCAGGUGUGGCAGGAUAAUUGGUUCUAGUUUUAUUGCUGAUAAUCACAACAAGGCUCAAGGUGCAUGCAUGGCUCAAGGAGGGCCAGAGGCUGCUGAAGCCUUGGCUGCGGUGACGGACCGGCGAAAGGCAGCGCUUUGCCAUCCCUCCAAAAGGCCACCGCCGAUUUGGAGUGAAGGCAAAGUGCUGCAUUCCUCUGUGUUUGUUCCAACUUCAGGGAAACGAGAGGGCCGGGGCUCGCUUGUAGCUGUGUGUGCUGGCAGCUCGAACAAGCUGGUUUUUAUCUUGAACAAAGUUUCUGGUCGUCGUUUCCUGGUGGACUCAGUUGCGCAGCGGAACGUUAUGCCAGUGUCGGAGGCAGACAUUUUGUGUCAGAGCCACGGAUGACCACCAGAUGCUGCUAAUGAUGUUUAAAUGGACGUCAUCUUAACUCGGACUUUGUAGUAGCAUCUAUUCUGGGUGCUAAAUUUUUGUGUGCUUUCCGGUUGUUAGUGCUUGUUGCUAAUAGUUGAUUUAUCGAUGCUGUGUUUUUUUAAACCUAUCCCUGUACACUUGGGGGUCCCGGCCAUCGGCCCCUUUCUAAUAUGUUUGCCAUGGGUGAUGAGUUUCAGCUCUUGUUGACUGAGUUUCCUGCUCUUACAGUCUCUCACUUUUUCCGCUAUAAUAGCUAAACAUGGGGUAGAGCACUGUAUUUCUAUGCCACUAUAUGCCACUAAGUUAGCAAUAGCUAAGGAGGAGUUUGCUAACAUGGAUGGCCUCGGCAAUGUAUGCCGCUCCAAAAGGUCCAUGGGCAUCUCCUUUACAUAUUGUUCCCAAGGCCGCUGGGGGUUGGCGACCCUGUGGGGAUUUUUGGCGCCUUAAUAAUGCGACCAAUAACAACAGAUACCCAGUACCUCACAUCCAGGAUUUUUCCGCCCAUUUGGCGGAUGCUACUAUUUUUUCGAAGGUGGAUUUGGUGCAAUGUAUCCAUGCAGAAAUUAAUUAAACCCUCAUAAUUAGAUCAAUUACAUAUACAGCAGGAAAUGUUCACAUUUUAAAGCUAUGAAGUCUGGGGGGCCCAUUUGGUGUAUGUUUUAAUUCUUUCUUUUGCAGAAGUGUAUCACUAUGAUUGAGUUUAACAUCAAUCACAUAUGAUGAAAUGAGAGCCUAAUCUUUAGAGUAUCAAAUAAAUAAUGAUCAUAUUACAUGGAUAAGAUGUCAUCAAACAGUAAAAUGAAUGUAUAUUCGCACUCUGAAACAGAGGACUGAAAAGGCCUGUAUAGAGUCACACAUUAACUGUGACUGUCUUAUCUUUUUCAGAAGUAGAGAACUACAAGUAUAAUCAAAGAAAAAUGUAUGAUAAUUUUCUAUUUUUCUACAAUUAUUAAAUGUAAUGAAGUGGGGUAAUGUUAAUCAAUUGUGAUGUAUGAAUAAAACUGAAGUGAUGGUUUUUUAGCUGUAACUGGUGUGAGAGCAAGAAGCAGAGAAAUACUGUGUUAGAAAGCUUGAGGCUGAGCAGAUAAGGAGGGCACCAUGGCUUGGGAGCCAAAGGCGGCAGAGACAUAACAUUAGGACGGGAGGGGCAAAGGAGAGCCAGCUCAUGGGAACUGGGCAUGGAUGGAAGGUCAACGAGCAAGCUCAAGUCAUAACAAGCAUGGGAGUGAGAAACGAGAAGCCAGGUUCAUGCUGUUUUUCGUCAGUCUGAAGUUCGAAAAACAGGCAAAAGUCAUAACACAGGGAGCCAGCUGCUGGCUGUUUACAACUCUGUCUACGGAGGCCAGGAGACAGCACCGAAAAGUCACGGUGACCGCAUAACUCAAUGACGGGAAAGCUUGCCGGGCAACGGGGUGAGCGGUGAGGCUAGCGGCACUAUAAAAACUGCCAAAGGUUGUUUCCUCGCAGAAGACCAGUGAACAAGAUCGGACGGAGAAAGAAGCUACAGAUGAAUCAGAAGACCGGAGAUGCAGCCCCGCUGACAAUUCUGCAUUAUAGAAAGGAUCAACCCGUGUGCUCUGAGAAGAGCUGCAACCCAGAAUUGAGAAUCUGAAUUUCAUCUGUUGCAUUUUUACCAAGACAACUGAAGUGAACUUGGUCAGUGAACAACUGAUUGCUCCAAGUUUCAGGCUUCUGGAAAUCCUGGCCAACCUCAAUUACACCUCAAAGGUGUAAUUGAGGCAUUUGAGGUUCAACUAUUCCAGAGGCUGAAUAGUUGAAGGUGUAAUACACCUUCAACUAAUCAGCCUCUGGAAGCUACCGAAUUUUGAAACAUAUGCCAACAGUUUCUGUUUUUUAAAUUUUUUUUAUUUUUAAAUUUUUUUCCAACUUGACCAUCGAAACCCCAAGCAUCAGCGCUUGUCCACUUAGAGGAAGAAAACUUAAGAUUUGCCUUUCACCCACGAAGAAAAUCACUCUUGCCUAAUGAAGAAAUAAUUCCAUUCGGAUCCAUGGUGAACCUCCGUCUCCAAAGCCUCUUUAGCCUUACCAGUUUCAGCAUUAGGGAAAGAUAGGUUAAGUUGAUUGAUUUAUUUCUAUUAUUCAAUUUUUGACGUUUUGCUGAUUUUUAAGCUGUUAC